CAAGAAGGAACACUGAAAACAACUGUAAUUUUUAACAAUAGUAAGCAAGAAAAGAAAAAACGAACAUCUUAAACAACAAUUUUACACUUAAGAGCAAAUGCAAAUUAAAAGAUAAAAACAUUGAAACAAAUUCGUGAUAUCUUAAAGGACUUCGAUACAUAUACUAUAGUAUAUUAUAUUAUAUUAUAUAAACAUUUAAGUAAGCUUAAUGUAGUAAGAAAAAAACAAAAGAAAAAAGCCCAUAAGUUAAACAACAACAACAAACCAACAAAAAGCAAAAUAAAAACCUUAGGUUAUAAAGAAGACUUAAACGCAUUCAAAAAAUAAAAUAAAACUACAUAUAUUAAAAAAAAAAGAAACAAAACUUAGGCUUAAAGUUCAACAUAGUAAAUGAGAAAAACCGUAAAGAGUAUCUAUAUAUAUAUAUAUAAAUAUAUAUAUACAUAUAAUAAAACUAUAAAUAAAGAACUUGAAUAGUGAAUACAUAGUAAACGAAACAGCAAUAAACAAAAUACAAAAUAACUGUAACCGAAAAGUAAUAGCAACGUACAGCGAAAACUUCGAUGCACCAGCUGCGACAGAGACGACAGCAGAGUGAGGCAGUGAGAUCGACAGUAGCACUCGUUGUGCAGCCCUAGCUGGCAGGCAGGUAAGCGGCAAAGCUGCAACGGUACUCAAAGCUUAGUGUGUACCAAACAACAAAGUAAUACAUAAAAGUUAAAAAAUAAUAUAAAUCACUACUACUUCCUAAAACCACAACGAUUGCCUACAAAAUAUAUAUAUAUUAUAUAUAAAAACAAAAAGAACAAAAAACAUAUACCCACUUCCCAAUUAUAAAUCAAAUAACUAAAACGACAUAAAAAUAUUCAAAAAAAAACCUAUAUCAAACAACAAAGCUCUAAUUUAGCCCCAAAAAUAAAAGUAUUCCGUAAAGCCCAGUGUAUUUUUCUAGUAAAAAAAAAUAUAAAAGUAAUUUAAAAAUUGCAACAUUUCAAUAACUAAAGCCACAUUUUGCAAAUGGAACAAACAAAUGCAACAACAUCAUAAGUAAUAACAGCAGGCAGCAGCUUAUGCAUUUUUUCAACACAAUAUUUUGUUAAACACGGAGCAGCAACUUCAACUUUAGCAACAACUAUCAAGCAACAUCUUCAACAAGAACAACAACAUAAAACGUUACAAAAUUUGUCGGCAUUUUUUACUAUACCCCCACAGACAUUUGUGGGUGCUGUUGCCCUUCAAAAAGAAAACAAAAAGACAACCAAAAACAACAAUUGAAAAAAAAGUGACAAGCAACAACAAAUUUUUAUUAACUUCGAAGACAAGGAAUUUCAGUGCCUCUUGUGCCAGUGUUUAGCCAAAAUAUAUAUACACAAACAUAUACGUAUUUAUUGCUUAGUUUUUUCUUUUUGAUAUAAAAUAAAAAUACAAAAAAAGAGAAAAAAUAAAUUUAAAAAAAAUAAAAGAAAAAAAAUACAUUAAAAAGUUGCCGGUCAAUUUUUGACUCGUGCUAAACGCGCUUGCUCUCGCUCUCUUCAACAAACCCCAUACUAUUCUUCGCCGUCGUCUGUCCUUCUCGUCUCCUUCGUCGUCUUGCCAUACCAAGCAGUAGCUACAUCAACAACAACAACUACAACAGCAAAAGGCGCAGCAACAUUAUCCAAUUAAGCAACCAGACUCGUUUUGCUAGUCCUUAUCAACAUUUUUCUUCAGCCAACAUGAAUACGCAAUCCAAAGGAUAUCGCACUGGCGAAGAAAUCUACGAUAACAUGCAGUGCGAUAGUUUUUUCAACAUGAAUGCUAUUCGAAAUUUGGGCAUACCAACAACUUUUCCCCAAAUCGGAACUUUUACGGUCGACUCCACGUUGGGUCUACAGCCGCAAGGGCAGGGACCGCCAACACCAUCGUCUGUGCAGUUGGCGCAGAUGGGUCAGCCGCCCUCACAGCAGCAACAACCGCCCAGCAUGCAUCAUCAUCAGCAACAUAUGCAACAGCAGCAGCAGCAUCAUCAUCAGCAGCAGCAACAACAUUCCAGCAUUGGCAUGUUCGACGUCAACGAUGUAAACGAUGUGAUUCAGAAUCCAGCUCCCAUUGGCGUAUUUCAAUCUAAUAGCGUGCUGAGCAAUGGAGCUGGCAGUUCUUCGUCCAUUUUUGGUUCGCAAUCGAGCAAUUCUUCGGCUGCCGCAGCCGAUCCAAGUCAGGCAACACGCGAGACCGGGAUCAUUGAAAAGCUUUUGCAUUCCUAUGGCUUCAUACAAUGCUGCGAGCGUCAGGCCCGCCUCUUCUUUCAUUUCUCGCAAUUCAGUGGCAAUAUCGAUCAUUUGAAAAUCGGCGAUCCUGUUGAAUUUGAGAUGACCUACGAUCGCCGCACCGGCAAGCCCAUUGCUAGUCAAGUUUCCAAAAUUGCGCCCGAGGUUGUACUGUCCGAGGAACGGGUCACUGGUACGGUGACCACCGAACUGCGCACCGAUAGCGCCAACAAUGUGCUCUCCUCCAGCGAGACCACGGGUCGCAUUAGCUAUGAGAAUCGCGGCGAAUGUUUCUUUCUACCUUAUACCAAAGACGAUGUCGAGGGCAAUGUCAAUUUACGUGCUGGCGAUAAAGUGAGCUUUCAAAUUGCAACGAACCAAAGAGGAAACUUAGGCGCCUGCCAUAUUCGUCUUGAGAAUCCGUCGCAGCCUGUGAAGUAUCGCGGUGUGGUCUGCUCCAUGAAGGAGUCCUUUGGUUUUAUAGAGCGUGCCGAUGUGGUGAAGGAGAUUUUCUUUCAUUUCUCGGAGGCUGAAGGGAAUGUGGAGCUGCGUCCUGGCGACGAUGUCGAAUUCACCAUACAAACCCGUAGCUCUGCCUCGGUGCCGCCGCAGGGCCGCGAAUUUGCCUGCAACAUCACUCGUCUGGCACCUGGCUCUGUAAUCUUCGAGGAUGUUGAUAGCACCAUCUAUAAGGGGCAAGUACUGAAGCCCCUUGAUCGCAACAAUCCUGUGCGUCAGAACACCGACCCAUUGCCCGGACGUAUUCGUUAUCGUGCUCUGGACUAUUCCGAGGUGGAGGUACCGUUCGGCGAUAAGGAUCAGAAGGGUGAUUUCACUUUGCGUCAUGGCGAUUGGGUGCAGUUCUUGUUGGCUACCGAUCGACGGGAUCAAUUGCAGCGUGCUACAUCAAUUGCCCUGUUGGAUGAGACAUUCAAGGUGUCCGGAGAGAAACGGGAACAGGGCGCUAUAGCUUCGCUGAAGGACGGAUUUGGCUUUUUGCGCUGUGUGGACCGUGCAGUGCGUUUGUUUUUCCAUUAUACUGAGAUAUUGGACACGAGUCGCGAAAUUGAAGUUAACGAUGAGGUGGAGUUUACCGUUAUUCAGGAGCCCGGAUUGGCCUAUAAUAAUUCGCGUUUGCAGGCCAUACGCAUUAAACACUUGCCACCGAACUCUGUGCAAUUCGAAACGUUAAUGGCAAGCAACAUUGAGGGUUGCGUGACACGCGAGGCACCAAAAAGUCCAGUUAAAUCACAAGAUCGCGUCGAAGGCGGCGUAAUUACCUAUGAACACGGCGACGUUAAAAAGACUAUAAUGUAUUUUCUCAAAGACUGCGAAAAACCACCAAGGAUUGGCGACCGUGUACGCUUCGAUAUCUACAUGGUGAAACGUAAUAAGGAAUUUAUUGCCGUCAAUGUGCAGCAGAUAUCCCUGCAACAGCAGCAGGCACAGCAACAACUCUUGUCUGCUCAGCAAGCAGCCACGCAGCAGCAGCAACAACAACAGCAGCAGCAACAACAACAACAACAGCAGCAGCAACAACAACAACAACAGCAGCAGCAAUUGCCUGUCAAUCUGAAUCAAAACGAUCAAUUGCUGCUCUCGAAUGGCAUCAGCAGCAGCAGCUCCAAUACUUCGCUGCAGAAUGGAUACAUUAUGCAUGGCAGCCCCGGCGGCAGCACCAGCAGUGUGGGCAGCAAUGCCACCCAGACCGUUUGCACUCCACAUAUCGAAGAUUUUAAGCUGGAGAACAAUAACCAUGCUAGCAGCGAGGCUGUUCAAGUAUAUCGCGGCUUCAUAGCUGUGAUUAAAGAGAAUUUUGGCUUCAUUGAGACGCUCUCCCACGAUGAGGAGGUCUUCUUUCACUUCAGCAACUAUCAGGGCAAUCCCCAUUGGUUGGAGUUGGGACAAGAGGUUGAAUACACGCUGGCGCCCAAUGGCAAUACCUCCGUUUCGGGCAAUUGUCUGCCAGCGGAGAACGUGCGCACGUUGCCCAAGAACUCCAUACCACAACCGGCUGUCUUGGAGACUCUACACAAUGGCGUAGUGGCACGUCCAUUACGUUGCAUCAAUCCCGAUCAGCAGGAAUAUGCUGGACUAAUCGAAAUACACGAUUCGCAACGCACAACGAUUAUAUCGCAACAUGAGUUUGGCAUCACUAGCUUGGUUAACAAGCGCGAUCUCUUGCAAAAGGGUGAUCUGGUCAGUUUCCGCAUUGAUGAGAGCGGUCGGGCAGCGGAUGUGAAUGCCGUGCGUCAAAAGAAGCGCGCCACAGUUGAUUCGAUCAAGGGCCAGUUUGGUUUUCUCAAUUUCGAGGUGGAGGAUGGCAAGAAACUUUUCUUUCAUAUGUCUGAAGUUCAGGGCAAUACGGUUGCAUUGCAUCCUGGCGAUACUGUCGAAUUCUCCGUGGUGACCAAUCAGCGUAAUGGCAAAUCUUCGGCUUGUAAUGUUUUGAAAAUUAACGAUCGACCCGAUCGUUUGAUCUCGCGCCUAAAACUCAAUGGCGAUGACACUGUGCCACGGCUGAUACUCAUACGCGCGCCCAAAGGACCGCAGGCCAAGGGCUUCUCUGCUUUGGCGCGCCACCCACGCAUUCCAGGCGCUUUGGUGGAAUAAUUUGUUUGGAGCCAGCUAGUAAAGGCAAAUCAAAGACAUCAUAUGCUAACAACAACUAUAUAUUCUUGUACGCUUGAACAUUUAAAUAUUUAAAUCUAAAAUAUACAUGCAUGCGCAACUAACAAGGCUUAAAAACAUAAAACACAAACAACAAGCAACCAACCAAGCAAAACCAACCAAGCAAGCAAGCAACCAACCAACCAACUACGUGAACUUGUCGCUAUAACCAUUAAACAUUUACAAAUAUUAUAAAUAUUAUCCUAGGAAGAAACUAUUGGAAACGAUAAUAAUAAUAAUAUUGAUACCAGAUACCAA